GGUAGAGCAUAAUUAUAGUAAGAGCGCUGACUCCCCUGCACUCUUCCUCCAUCACUGUGCUCUGUUCACAUGCACACGCAUACAGACACGCACACACACACACACAAGCGUGCACGCAGACUCACACACGCACGCACUAGUCUCGCUCACACUCACAUGCAGGCGUACUAUCACUCACCUACGGUAUAACUUCACUCCCUAUUUUACUGUCAGACAGAAACGCAAUCGCAACACACAGUAUACUACAACAGCAGGAGACAGCCCUGGUCCUCAGACGGCGGUGAUGUGCGUGGAGCGUUUGCACGGGCGAUGAAACGAUAGAAGAAGAAAGAGAGAAAAGGGGGGGGGGAUCCGUUCAGGCUGUUCUGCGGAGCGCUGACGGCAUGCGGCUCUGCGCGGAUUGCAUCCUCGGGGGACGGUCCUCACACUGAUGGAUGAUAACGGACAGCCGGACGAGUGCGCGGACGGGGCCGUCCAGUCCUGCAGCCAUGAGGGGGCCAUCCUGCGGCCUCACGCAGCGCUCAGACCGGGCCAGCUGGGGACCGGCGACGUCCCUGCGGCCGAUCCCAGCCAGCACAACAUGCACGAUCCCCCUUGGGAUGAGGCAUGGGAGGAGGUGCAGGAGGAGGUGCUGCUGCUGAAUCAGAUGAAAGACAUGGACAGGUCUCCUGUGGGUGGUGCCGAGGAGAUGUCCGUCACCAAGCUUUGGGAGCAGCUGACCCAGAGAGACCAAGAACUGCGCCGUGCUAAGGAGGCCUUGCAAGCGAUGAAGGCUGACCGGAAGCGCUUGAAAAUGGAGAAGGAAGACUUGGAGAAGCAGAUGCAGGAGCUGUAUGCCACGCUGGAGAGCCGCGAGGAGCAGCUCAGAGACUUCAUCCGCAACUACGAGCAGCACAGGAAGGAGAGCGAGGAUGCUGUGAAGAUGUUGGCAAAGGAGAAGGACCUGCUGGAGAGAGAGAAGUGGGAAUUAAAGAGGGAGAGCAAAGAAGCAAUAGACUGCGCCAACAUCCUGCACUCCAAGCUGCAGCUGAGAGAGAAAAGGAGCAAGGAGCUGGAGGCUGAACUCAGCACUGCAAAGCAGUCCCUGUGCAGCCUCACCAAGGAUGUCCCCAAGCGCCAUUCCCUAGCCACACCCACUGAGCUUGUUACCCCUGGAAACCAGGAAUGGACGAAACAGGCAGAACUGCCCCUCACUGCCGCCAUUAGACAGAGUCAGCUGACCCUUUGCCACGGGCAAGCGAUUGUGAGGAACAGCAUAUGCCACUCGCGCCAAUCAUCCAUCAUUUCUGACACCUCUGCUACCGAGGGCGACCGUUCCUCCUCCCCCAGUGACACCAGCUCCCCCCACCACAGGACGCACUCCCCCUGCAAUUCAAUGGAGGACCUGGAGGAGCAGAAGUGUAAGAAAAAGAGGGAGGUGCUGAGUUUGGGCUCGCUGUCUCGUGUUUUUUCCCGGGUAAAGCAGCACAGGUCUGUGGACCCAGGUUCAAAAUCUGCUACACUGCCAUCUGCUGGUCAUGAUAUCACACAGCAGCUCAGGUGGGUCCUUGGACAUUGCUCAUGCCAGGUGUGUGAUUCCCUUUACCCAACAAUCUCUAGUGUACCAUUCGGGACUGUCUGAAGUACUAAUCAUAUCAAGGUGGUAUACUAAAGCUCUCUUAUGAAUCACCUUGAGAAUAUUACAUUCAAACCUGCUAAGGGCGAUAUUACUGGGGGACAAAAGGCUUCCGAUCAGGUUAAGGUGUGAGUAUUACAAUGGGGCCACUGGAAGUUGUGCAGGGUGGUGGUGUGUGUGCGUGCGUGCAUGCGUGUGCAUGUGUUUUUGGUUAUGUAUGUAAGCAAAUCAGACCUCUGACAAGAUCCACAUGAAUUGGAAAUAGGAAAGCAGAGCUAAUCUGCAGUGAUUUCCUUGGGUUAAAUGCUUUUGAUUCAAACAUGUUUUGACUCCUGUACUCACCUUCUAUUAGCAAUCUGAUUGCCCUGUCCCAGCUGUGUGCUUAUUUUGUUCCAGUUCUCUGUUCAGAAACCUAAGGUCUAGAAAGAUUCUUUAAAAAUAAGCUGUGCCUGGCAGGUAGGGUGGGCGACAUCAAUAACAAGAGCCUCUGUGAAUGAUAUUUCACUUUGCCAAUGAGCCUGGCCUUUUAGCAAUUUGUUAACCCCACAGCAUUGCAGAGUGGCAGACCAGGGUUCAGUUCACACAUUCAACGAGUGUCGUUCACCUCCUUGAGCAUUACCUGCUUGCCAUAGCAUAGUCAUUAUUAUACUUUGUACAGCCCAAUGCCUUAUAAUUGCACAAACCAGUUUGUUUUGUGUCCCAGCAGGCUUUGCUUCCACAAAGAUGACCUCUCCAGGAGUACUGACUGUGAUCAUUAAUGCGGUCUGACAUUUCUAAGCCCAGAUUUAAUGAUCUGUCUUUAGAGUGAAAUGAUCCUGGAAACGAGUUGGAUUGGAUAAUCCAAGAUAAUCCCUGCAGAAAAUAAUUAACCCAUAUGAGAGAACUGGCUAAUCUCCUGGAUAAUUAGAAGUAAGCAUGUGUGUAUAAAAAACAUAAAAGCCUUUUUUUUUUUCUGAGAUAUAACUAUGAAGCUCAUGCUAUGAUUUCUCUGCCCCUCUAUACAUAAUUGAUAUGGUUUUUCUCUAGAUCUUUCCUUACAAAAUAUUUUAUAUGGCUUUUAUAUACAAGUGCUGAUAGUGCAUUGGUGUAUUUUGCAAAGGAUAGUUGCUUGGCCAGCUCUAUAGUGCCUGAUCAGAGUUGAAUUGUGUAAUUUGUUAUGCAUGGCAAGUAUAUCACAUUUUUGGAAGAAAAAAAAACAGUAUUGUAUAUUAAUUUUGGAUUUUUUUUUUUUUUUUUGGAAAUCCCACUAUUAGCCUUGAAAAUGUAAAAUUGUGUGCUGUGUCUUGUGUAUAGUGUCUUAUCCACAAAAUAAAAUAAUGUAUUUAUCAGAAGAAUGACAUAAAAAUGUGAUAUAAAAUUAGGCAGAGUGGUCUGCUCAAAGAAAUUUUCAUAUUAAUAAAGUAUGUAAACAUGCUGCUGUUGA